CUACACCACUAGAAAACUACAUUUCCCAUGUUGCAGUGCGCUUUGCAGUGUUGUUAACGGCUAACUGGGCUGGGGCAAUACUGCAACAACUCCUGGUAGCAGCUGUUCGGUCUGUGGGCGCUAAACUCCGAUUUUGUUCAUUGGAGACGACUGACAGAAAUGUCAGAGACGUCGAGUGACGCGGAGUCGUCCUGUGGCUGGACCAUCAUCAGCAAUGAGGGUUCAGACAUCGAGACGUUGGAGGCUGCGGAGCUGUUAGAGCGCCCCCCGCUGGACGACAAACAAGCUCAGUGUGUGGAAGAGAAGAUCGCUGAGUCACUUGAUGAAACUCUGGAAGAACAAACCGUAGUUGAGACGCUUCGAGCUUCAACGGCUGUAGACGCAGCAGCAGAGCAGCAUCAUGUGUCUCUGCUGUCGUCCAGCGACCACUCGGACAUCGUGACUCUCGGGGACAUGAAGGAGGAGGAGGAGGAGGAGGAGCACAGGGAGGAGGAGCAGGAGGAGGAGGCGCCCAACGAGGAGUUCUACCUGGGCUCCUCCUGCAGCAGCCAGUAUGCCUUCACUGCUGCAGAGGCUGUGUUUCAGCCUCCUGCAGCAUCACUCUCCAGCAGCAGCAGUGAGGAAGAGGAGGGACUGAAGCCCAGCCCUGCUGUCAGGAGACGAAGGCUGAGGAGGAACACCACCAGCAUCACUGAGCCGGAGGAGGAGGAGGAGGAGGAGGAGGAGGAGGAGGAGGAAGAGGAGGAGGUGGUCAAUGAAGAGGAGCAGCAGGAGGCAGAAACUAAGAGUGUGUCUGUGGGAGGAAGAGGCAGCAGCAGCAUCUUCAUCCUGAUGGUUGUGGUGGCCGUCAGUAUGGGCCUCAUACACUUCUAUGGUUCAGUCCAGAUCCAAGAGAGACAGAAGUCUGACCUGGACCAGAUCAGAGUCAGAGACCUGGACGUUGUCAGGGACCUGAUCCAGAGACGAGCCGGAGAAAGACCUGUUAAAGACCAGGACCGACUGGAUGACCUGGACCAACAGAAAGUUAUUCUGCUGCUCACAGGAGAGAUUGAGAAGAUGAAGAUAGAAAACCAGGAGCUCAACAUCAAACGGGCGCAUGUGCAGGCCCAGAGAGACGACCUGGAGGUGUUGCUGCAGCAGAAGGCGGAGGAGAGGUCCACCAUGGUGUCUCAGCAGCAGAGGCUGAGUGCUGAGAACCAGCUGCUGAAAACCUCCCUACAACGGGAGGAAAAGUCUCUGUCCGCUCACCAGGAGGAGCUGAGGAACCUGCGCUCCAAGAUCAGAGACUGGGAGGCGACGGGAGCCGGAGUGGACUCGCUGCUGGCGGAGAACCAGCGGCUGAAGGAGCAGCUGGAGGAGGAGAAACAGCUGAUCCAGAGCUUUCAGAGGGAGGACACGAGGGCCGAAGCACGGACGCUGAGGAAGAAGCUGGACAAGGAGAGAACCGUCACCGAGGAGCUGAGGAGAGAGCUGAACGUGUUGAGGAGUCACAUCGCCGGAGCUGGGAAGGAAUCCGGCUCGGAGGAGCUCCAGUCCCGUCUGGCGGAGCUGGAGAAGAGGCUGAGCUUCGAGCAGCAGCGCUCCGACCUGUGGGAGCGGCUCUACGUGGAGACCAAGGAAGACCGAGCCAAAGGGGACAAAGAGUCCACGGUGAAAAGAUCCAAAGAGGGCAUGGCGGGAAAAGUGAAAGAGACGUUCGACGCUGUGAAGAACUCGACCAAAGAGUUCGUCCAUCACCACAAAGAGCAGAUCAAGAAAGCGAAGGAAGCCGUGAAGGAGAACCUCCGGAAGUUUUCAGACUCCGUCAAAUUAACGUUCCGACACUUCAAGGAUUCAGCUUCCACCUUCAUCAACAAAGCCCGAGGUUUCUACGAUAAGAGACGUCACGGCAAACACUCCAAAGAGUCGACGCAGCACCGACCCCACAAGCCUCCGCACCGACCCCAGCGCCAGGCCGACGAGUCGAUCCACCGCCAGGCCGACGAGUCGUUCCAGAGCAGCCACAACACUCGGAAAUCAGGAGAUAAAGUUCACAAAGAACGAGGUCGAGACGGCCACAAGGCCAACCUGAAAGGAUGCUUUGGGGUUUUCGACUGCGCGUACCAGGAGUCCAUGAGUCUCUUCAACAAAGCGAUGGAUCCGAUCCGAGCGGACGAGUUCUACCAGCUGCUGCAGAGCUACCUGCACCAGGAGGUCGACCACUUCCACCACUGGAAGGAGCUCGAGACCUUCAUCAACAACUUCUUCCGCAACGGAGUCUUCAUCCACGACCAGAUGCUGUUCACCGACUUCGUCAGCGGAGUGGAAACCUAUCUGAGCGAUAUGCACGAGUACCACGGUCUCCAUGACGACAUGUUCAGAGACCUGGACGACUUCGUCUACCGCCACUUCUUCGGAGAGACUUACAGGAAAACCUUCGGCCCAACCGGGCCGUUUGAAAGACCCGACACGGACUGGAAGGAGUCGAGGGCGAAGCACCAGCAGCGGAAGCAGCAGAAGUCCAGAUCUCGCCCUCACAACGAGAGGAAGUGGAGCCGCUCAGGAAGAAACCCGGACAGACACAUGGCUGACGUCAAGAUAGAGCUGGGCCCCAUGCCCUUUGACCCCAAAUAUUGAUAAUAAUAUCUCAACGGGUUUCAUAUUAGAGAUGCAAAUUCUAUUUUGGGUUGUAUUUAGUUGCAGAUGUCUUCUCUUUUUCCUUUGUAAGUUUGCACAACGUUAACUUUUGAAUGCUACUGAACGUCCUCCAGCUGUUUUGUGUUUUCGUGAAGUAAUCGUUAUAUUUGAGCGAAAGAUGUUUGAAAUCAGAACUUCAACAUUUUAUAAAUGUGAAGAUAAAACCCUCGAUACUCAUCUUCAACCACAGCACUUUCGUUUAAAAACACUUCAAAUGUUGAUUAGGAACCAAAGUUUUUUGUGCAAUUUUAAACAAAAAUGUAAAAUCUCGACAUCCACAUGUUUGUCUGUUUGUCAUGUAGUUGUUUUAAUUUGCUGCUACAGAGACGCGUGUUUGUGUGACAGAGUUUUAAUUUGCUUUCAGAGUUUAGAUGAAGUUUUCUAACAUUCCACUUUCAGCUUGUUUGAACUGGACUUGGCACUUUUAUUUGUUUUGUGUUGGAAAGAAAUGACUGGAAAAUAAUGUCACAAAAUUUAGUUGUGGGGAAAAAAAAGAAUUCUGACAAUUUUCAAAAUAACAGUUUAGAAUAUUUAUUUCAUCAGCAGCAUCAUUCUGGUGAAGAAACAUUGUUCCAGUGUUUGUCAGUGCCUUUCAUAAAUAAAGAUGCUUCCUCCAA